CUACCUCAAUUUUCAAAAAGAAAAAAAAUCCUACCUCUAGGACAAGGCGAGGGCAGCGGCGCAAGAAGAAACGGCGACCCCGCGGUGCCGCCGCUGCCGGCGACGACGACUGCCGCCCUCUCUCCGAUGAGCUGAGGGUGAAAGAAGAGACCAGCGCUGCCACAUGGUGCUUCCUAUUCGACCAGUUGAGGAUGGAUCGAUUAGUUCAUGGGUUGAAAGAGAGGGCGAAAGAACAGAAUACUCCGGGCCACAACUUCCGGAGGACAUCUGGUGUCAUAUACAUUCCCUACUACCAAUGCGAGAUGCUGCCCGAGCUGCUUGCGUGUCUCGUGCCUUUCUAAGUUUAUGGAGAUGCCAUCCAAAUCUUACAUUCAGUAUGGAAGCACUGGGCAUGAAUAUGAAUCUGCGUGGCGAGGAUGAAAUAGGAAAUUUCACCAAAAAAGUUGACCGCAUCUUAAAAAACCACUCACGCAUUGGUGUGAAGACACUCAGGAUUGUUUUCCGUUAUUCCAAUGCCAUGGUCAGCAAUGUUGAUAGGUGGCUUCAGACAGCUGUUACACCUGGGAUUGAAGAACUCACUGUUCAGCUUACACCUGGGAUUGAAGAACUCACUGUUCAGCUUACACCUGGGAUUGAAGAACUCACUGUUCAGCUUACACCUGGGAUUGAAGAACUCACUGUUCAGCUAUCUUCAGCAUCGGGAACAUACUACAACUUCCCAUGGUCUCUUUUAGCUAAUGGGAAUGGAAACUCGAUGUAGCGUCUACGCAUUUCCCAUUGUGUUUUGUCUCCCAGCGUUGAACUUGGAUUGACAAACAUGACAAGGCUUGAUUUGUGUUAUGUCUGUAUCACAGAGGAGCAGCUGGGGUGCCUUCUUCACAAUUGCUUUGUUCUCCAAUGGAUGCGACUCUGGCAAUGCAGUCCGCUAACUUGCCUUAGGAUACCGUUCCAUCUGCAACAGCUCAGAUACCUGAAGGUGUCUGAAUGCACGUCUCUGCAGGUGAUAGGGAUAGAAGCUCCAAACCUCGUCAGUUUUAAUUUUCAUGAUUCCCACCAGGUACAGAUAUCAUUUGGAGUAGCAUUACAAUUGAAGAAGCUCGGCAUGUCCCAUCCUGGUGCUGUAUGUUAUGCUCGUGCUGAUCUCCCAUUGAGCUUGCCAAAUGUUGAAGAUCUUUCCCUGAGUUCAUGUAGUGAGGUGGUCGAUACACCAAUGCUGCCUAGCAAAUUCUUACACCUCAAGUACUUGAGUGUCAGUUUUUGUACAGUGACAUUUUCGCCGGCCUAUGACUAUUGUUCUCUCAUAUCCUUCUUUGAUGCUUCUCCUUCCUUGGAGACUUUCUUCUUGAAUGUGUUGCAGAAAGACAUGAAGCAUGAGUCAAUCGUGGGAGACCAUUCAAAUUUGAGGCAGGUACCAGGACACCGCCAUGAUAACCUUAAGACAGUGAAGAUCAUUGGUUUCUCCUCAGCGAAGAGCUUGGUUGAGCUGACAUGCCAUAUCAUUGAGAACGCGACGUCACUCGAAUGCCUUACAUUGGACACCACACGAGGGCAUCCUUGGGACAACUGCUCAUCCAACAGUACUGGCAAGUGCUUGCUGUUGCACUUGGAUUUUUUGGCGGAAGCUCGUAAGGGGCUCUCGGCUAUCAGGACAUAUGUUGAGCCAAAGGUUCCCUCCAGAGUCAAGCUAAAUGUCGUGGAGCCUUGCCGCCAAUGCCAUGACCUCGAGCAGUUGUGACGAUCUCGAGCCGAUGUUUGUUUCUGCGCGUACGUCGGUAACCCUUUCACGGCUUCAGUGUUGAGGACCCAAGAUCAGCGUCUUGUUUGGAAGAGCUGUAUUUUUUCCUUGAUACUGUUUCUUGUUGCUCGACUGAACAUAAAAAAGAUAUGCAUUCUAGCCUACAUUCCCUGUUUGUUAGCCUUCUGAUAUUUGGGAUAGUGAUGAACUGUUGAGGUGCACAUUCUGGAGGGCUUGUCAUGAGUUCAGGAAGAACCUGAGAGCAUUACUCAAUGCAUGCAGUUCACUGA